AAAUUUAUAGUCAAAGGCCCCCCAAGCCUCUCCUCAUCGGUCCCGCCACCAUCCCCUCCGCAAACCGGUCUCCGCUGUCCCCUCUCUCUCUCUGUCUCGGCUCUCCCAGCCACCACCACAACUCCAGCGUCGAAGCUCUGUUUAUUCUCUCGUCUCCCUCACAAGCUUCUGGACUAGAGUCCUCUCUCUUUCUCUCUAGAGAGAGUGAGAGCGAGGGGGAGAGAGAGAGAGAGAGAGAGAGAGAGAGAUCUCCAGCUCUAGCUCGUGCUGCUCCCCCUCUUUCACCAGAAAGUCAAAUGGCAGCUGACUCGCUCCUAGUCCGCUCGAUCGAAUCCGCCCUCGGAGUAUCCCUCGGCGGCUCCGUCACCGACUCCGCCCUCGUGAUCGCCGCCACCUCGAUCGCCGUCUUGAUUGGGCUCCUCGUUAUCGUCUGGCGGAGAUCGUCCGAUCGGAGCGUGGAGCCGGUUGUCGCCCUCAAGCCGCCGUCGUCUGCCAAGGAGGAGGAUGAGGACUUGGCGGAUACCGGGAAGACACGAGUCACCGUCCUGUUCGGCACUCAGACCGGCACAGCGGAAGGAUUCGCCAAGGCAUUAGCUGAGGAAAUCAAGGCAAGAUAUGACAAAGCAGCUGUCAGGGUUGUUGAUCUGGACGAUUAUGCUGUUGAGGAUGACCUAUAUGAAGAAAAGCUGAAGAAAGAGAGUCUGGCAUUUUUUAUGGUUGCAACUUAUGGAGAUGGAGAGCCAACUGACAAUGCCGCUAGAUUUUACAAAUGGUUUACUGAGGGUGAUGAAAGGGGCACCUGGCUGCAGCAUCUCACUUAUGGUGUCUUUGGUUUGGGAAACCGCCAAUACGAACACUUCAACAAGAUAGCAAAGGUACUUGAUGAAAAACUGAGUGAACAAGGAGCAAAGUGUCUCAUUCCGGUUGGUCUGGGUGAUGAUGAUCAAUCCAUUGAGGAUGAUUUUGCUGCCUGGAGGGAGUUAUUAUGGCCUGAAUUGGAUAAAUUACUACGAGAUGAGGAUGACAUAAAUAGUGUCGCAACCCCGUAUACUGCUGUUAUUCCUGAGUACCGAGUAGUGAUUCAUGACUCUCCUGUUAAUGUGCAUGAAGAAAAUUACUCAAGCAUGGCGAAUGGCAGUACUUCUUUUGAUAUUCAUCAUCCAUGCAGAGUUAAUGUUGCUGUGCAAAGAGAGCUGCACAAACCUGAGUCUGACCGCUCAUGCAUUCAUCUGGAGUUUGAUAUCACCGGGACAGGCAUCACUUAUGAGACUGGUGAUCAUGUGGGUGUUUAUGCUGAUAAUUGUGACGAAACCGUUGAAGAAGCUGGAAAAUUGUUGGGCCAGCCGCUGGAUAUGCUGUUUUCUAUUCACACUGACAAUGAGGAUGGCUCACCCCGUGGGAGCUCAUUGCCGCCUGCUUUUCCUGGUCCAUGUACUCUCCGAUUUGCAUUGGCACAUUAUGCAGAUCUCUUGAAUCCUCCAAGGAAGGCUGCUUUACUUGCUUUAGCUGCUCAUGCCACCGAACCUAGUGAAGCUGACAGACUCAAGCACUUAGCAUCCCCUCAGGGAAAGGAUGAGUACUCAAAGUGGGUAGCUGCGAGUCAGAGGAGUCUCCUUGAGGUAAUGGCGGAAUUCCCUUCAGCAAAACCGUCCCUUGGUGUGUUCUUUGCUGCAGUAGCUCCACGCCUGCAGCCUCGUUACUAUUCAAUAUCAUCCUCACCAAGAUUUGCCCCCAAUAGGGUGCAUGUAACCUGUGCCUUAGUUUAUGGUCCAACUCCCACAGGAAGAAUACAUAAAGGGAUUUGCUCUACUUGGAUGAAGAAUGCAGUUCCUCUAGAGAAAAGCCACAACUGUGGCUCGGCUCCUAUUUUUAUUAGACAGUCGAAUUUCAAGUUGCCCGCUGAUCCCACAGUUCCUAUUAUCAUGGUUGGUCCUGGCACCGGUUUGGCACCUUUCAGGGGAUUUUUACAGGAAAGAAUGGCCUUGAAAGAGGAGGGCUCUGAGCUAGGUGCUGCCUUGCUCUUCUUUGGGUGCAGAAAUCGCAGAAUGGACUUUAUUUACGAGAACGAGCUCAACAACUUUGUUGAGCCAGGUGUAAUAUCUGAGCUAAUCCUUGCAUUCUCACGUGAGGGGCCACAAAAGGAAUACGUCCAACACAAGAUGAUGGAUAAAGCAGCGCAAGUCUGGAGCCUCAUCUCGCAAGGCGGAUAUCUUUAUGUCUGUGGUGAUGCAAAGGGCAUGGCUCGAGAUGUUCAUCGGACUUUGCAUACAAUUGUUCAGGAGCAGGAGAAUGUUGACUCAUCUAAAGCGGAGGCCAUCGUCAAGAAACUGCAGAUGGACGGGCGAUACCUAAGAGAUGUCUGGUGACAUUAGCAUGCUUCCUGCGUCCUCUCCAUAGUUCGGAAUGGCAUUGUUUUUCCAAGCAUGACAAGAAGAUUUUAGAUUCUUUGCAUACCAGAAAUUUCUAUUGGUGCCCCCGCUCUGCCCCUAUUACCGCAAGGGAAAACACUCAACUGUAUGGUGUUUUCGGUGGGUAAAGAUUAUUUUUGGCGUGCAUAUGUAUUUGGAGUCCGAUAAGUCGGAUGGAGGGAAGCUAGUGACAUAUGUUUUAAAAGGACAUUGGAUACUUUUAUUCGCAGCUCCUAGAUAAGGUUUAAGGGUCGGAUAAAGAACAAGUUUUAGACAAGUGGUUAAGUAGAAUUUUUCUUUCCAUUGUUUUGGAAGAUACAUAAAGUUUUGUAGUGCGACUUUAAGAUUUGAAUAAGAUGAAUUCGCUUUGAUGCAA